UCAUGGCCAGAACCAAGCAGACCGCUCGUAAAUCUACCGGUGGCAAAGCCCCGAGGAAGCAGCUUGCUACCAAGGCUGCUCGUAAGAGCGCGCCAGCUACCGGUGGCGUGAAGAAGCCCCAUCGUUACAGGCCCGGGACCGUGGCUCUGAGAGAGAUCCGUCGUUACCAGAAGUCUACCGAGCUGCUUAUUCGCAAGCUGCCUUUCCAGCGCCUGGUGAGGGAAAUCGCCCAGGACUUCAAGACUGACCUGCGUUUCCAGAGCUCCGCUGUGAUGGCUCUGCAGGAGGCCAGCGAGGCUUACCUGGUCGGUCUGUUCGAGGACACCAACCUGUGCGCCAUCCACGCCAAGAGGGUCACCAUCAUGCCCAAGGACAUCCAGCUGGCCCGCCGCAUCCGCGGAGAGCGCGCCUAGACUUGUCGACUUGUCUGUGAUCUCGAAACCCACAAAGGCUCUUUUAAGAGCCACUUCACUGUUUAAACCAAAAGACAAAUGC